AUGUAUUUAGAUACCAAUGCGGCGUUAAAUUCAACAGUACGGAAACAAAAUGGUUUCACGUAUGUUCGUUGGGGAAGAAAAACGUGCCCAAACAUCACGACGACAUCGCUGGUGUACACCGGUCAGGCCGCCAGUGGUCAUUUCAGGCAUCCCGGCUCUGCGGAGUAUCUCUGUCUCCCCAACGAUCCACAAUUUGACAACCCGGAUAAUACGGAACAUGGAGCACGGUCCCUAAUUUAUGGCUCAGAGUAUGAAACACCGACUUCAGCGUUUACGACUCUCAAUAGCAUGGAGGUACCAUGCGCCCUCUGUUUGUCUCGCGGCAAAACCACCGUCAUGAUUCCAGCAAGAACUUCCUGCUACAGUGGAUGGACGCUGGAGUAUCGAGGUUAUCUUAUGUCGUCGGAACAUUCCCACCCUGGAAAAAACUACGUUUGUAUGGACAUAAACGCCGAGGCACUUGACGCGAGUUAUGGAAAUCUCGAUGAGACUCUGUUUUAUUUAGUCGAGGGACGGUGUAGUGCUCUGAAGUGCCCCCCGUAUGUAAAUGGACAGGAACUAACUUGUGCCGUGUGUUCAAUUACGUUGUAA